CAGGCUUCUUCAUCCAGAGGACUGUCCGUCUUUUAGCACGAUGCCAGGCAAACCUGCGCCCAUCAAGAAGUCCCCAGCCAAGAAGGCUGCCGACAAGGCACCUGAGCCCGCCCCGGAGCCUGAACCCGCCCCGGCGGCAGAGGCUCCACCUGCGGAGCCUGCCCCUGUGGAAACCGCUCCCCCCGAGGCUGCUGCUGCUGCUGCUGCUGAGGCGGCUCCUCCCGCCGAGGGAGAGGCAGUCCCCGCCGCCCCAGCUGAGGACGCCCCAGCGGCGGAAGGAAGCGUCCCAGCUGCUGCUCCUGCUGCUGAAGACGGUGCCGCUGCUCCCGCUGCUGAUGCUCCUGCUGACGCUGCCCCAGCAGAAGCUGCCGUAGUUGAGGAGCCGCCCAAGGCCCCCACGCCCCCACCUCCUGCAGUCCCCACCAGCGCUCCCCUGGACGUAUCUGUGGAUGAUGUGAACGACUCCAGCCUCACCAUUAAAUGGAAGACGCCAGAGACCAUCGGCGACUCAGGCCUGGACGGAUACACCAUUGAGUACUGCAAGGAUGGAACAACAGACUGGGUUGUGAGUAACGAGCAGCUGACCCCUGCAAACCGCUACUGCAUCAAGAAUCUGACAGCGGGUGACCUGCUGCAUGUUCGCGUGGUGGCUGUAAACCCCGGUGGCCGCAGUGAACCUGGCGCACUUGCUGAGCCUGUGCCGAUCCGUGAGAUUGUUGACCGUCCCAAAAUCCGCAUGCCCCGCAUUCUCAGAUCCCGUUACAUCAGGCAGGUUGGAGAGCAGAUCAACCUGGUCAUCCCCUUUCUUGGGAAGCCCAAACCUGUGGUGUCCUGGCUUAAGGAUGGUCAGCCUGUGGAUACAAAGAGGGUCAACAUCAGGAACAGCGACAAGGACAGCAUCAUAUUUAUCCGCACUGCUCAGAGGGAAGACUCUGGUGUUUACGAGAUGGCCGUUAAAGUGGACAGCUUUGAAGACAAAGCCCUCCUCACACUUCAGAUUGUGGAGCUGCCCGGUCCUCCUGCUAGUGUGAAACUGGUUGACACCUGGGGUUUCAACGCUGCUCUUGAAUGGACUCCCCCCAAGGAUAACGGCAACACGGAUAUCACUGGAUACACUGUUCAGAAGGCCGACAGGAAGACCGGGGAAUGGUUCACGGUGCUGGAGCACUACCACAGGCUAACUGCCACCGUCUCUGACCUCAUCAUGGGCAAUUCGUACUCCUUCAGGGUGUUCGCUGAGAACCAGGUGGGCAUCAGCGAGACGAGCGCUGUAACCAAGGAGGUGGCCACCAUCCAGAAGACAGGUAUUGUCUACAAGCCUCCUGAGUACCCAGAGCACGACUUCAGCGAGGCACCAAAAUUCACCACAACCCUCAACGACCGCGCUGCCACUGUGGGAUACACCACCAAGCUGCUGUGUUCCGUUCGUGGAUCCCCCAAGCCAAAGAUUGAGUGGCUGAAAAAUCAGAUGGUGAUUGGUGACGAUCCAAAGUUUCGUCAGCUCUCCAACCAGGGCAUUUGCUCCCUCGAGAUCCGUAAGCCCUGCAGCUUCGACGGUGGUGUGUAUACCUGCAGAGCCAAGAAUGCCCAGGGAGAGGCCACUGUCUCCUGCAAGCUGGAGGUCAAACAAGUGAUUCUUCCAGAGGCUGACAAGGAGAAGGGCAAAUAAAUCUAAAACAUCUAUGUUUCCAGAGUGCCUUUAAAGGACAAGCAGAAGUCCAGGUCUUAUGUUUUAAGAGUGUUUGAGGAGGUGAGAGAAAAAGUUGUGGCUGGUUGUGAAGCAGUGUGUACAUAAUGAAGAAAGGAACAGAUCAACAUACCAGCAUCUCCAUAUCUAUUUCCACCAACACAUCCCGACUCCCCCACUCCUUCCAGUAUGCAGGGAAGACCCACACCACCCCACCCGUCCCAGUUUGCCAAAUGCUGUAUGUUAUUUUAGUUGGUUACAUGUAUGUAAGGCUAUAUUUACCAUGUUUUUCCUGCCUGUGUCCAUUUGCUGUUUGUUAUAGUAUAUACAUGACCUACUCAAUAAAAACAGUGAAUCCUUAGACAUGCUAUUGCAUUGACUAUAUGAAUGUUUAAUAAAAAUGUUAUUUUAUUGUAUAUUACGAGGAUUUCUACACAAUUUUCAAAAUACAGUGUGAUGAUUGCAGUAAAAUGACUUAAGAUGCAAUUGGACACUAAUUUUAUAAUGAAACAGCACUAUAUAGACAAAUCUGCAGGCUUUCAAAGGGUAAUGUGGUGGCACUGUAAUUGACGUGCCGGUUUGUCCAAAUAAUAAAAAGUGGAAUCCAGCUACAGAUGUAGGUUUGGAUUUAUCUGCUAAGGUAUUGAGAUUGCCACCCCAGUGGUAGUAAGUGGAAUUUUUGUUGUUGUUGCUCAUUGUUGACAAAUAAAAUUAGAAAACAUUUAA